UAGGAGUAAAAAAGUAAAUAAUUGAGCAAAUCAGCUGCCCUUGUUUUUUGGGGUUUUGAGGAUAAAGUGUUUGAUAUAUUGUUUUAACGCAGGUUUUGGCAAAAUUCGUUGUUCUUUGAGUUCAGCAGAAUGGAAGAUUCUUCGUUCCUCAAUAAGCUGAUGCUCGAUCUUCGUUCAACUUGCAAGUACUAUACUGGCUACCCAAAGGAUCUAGGACCGUCGAAAGUUAUUCAUUUCACCUCAGAACGUGAGUUCGUCCAGCUCCUUCACCAAGGUCAUCCUGUGGUUGUUGCAUUUACAAUCAAGUGUAACCUAACGAAACCUCUUGACAAAGUACUGGAGGAAGCUGCUGCAGAGUUCGAUCCACAUGUCAAAUUUUUGCGCGUUGAGUGCCCAAAGUACCCGGGGUUCUGUAUUACACGGCAGAAGACAGAAUAUCCAUUUAUAGAAAUGUUUCACAGCCCAGAACAGGCAACUAAUCAAGGAAAGGCUGUUGAUCCGAAUAUCACAAAAUACUCCGUCAGAGUUUUACCGUUCAACAACGAUCUCAGUCCUUAUGGAUUCAGAGAAUUUUUCAAGCACUAUGGAAUUCGAACGUCUGAUCGAAGUGAAUAAUAAUAUGUAGUAGGGGACACGUUUGGCAUUUUCUGAAAACAGAUGCAGUUUUGCAGCCAUUGAAUCACGUUUGAGUGAGUAGUAGUUACGAGUGCCUUCGGUUAUCGAUUUUUCAAGUUUGUGUUUGUUUUUCUUAUAACAGGUAAUAUGUUGAAGAAUGUAAUGACCAACUGUUUAAAAAAUAAUUCUGAAAUAUAUUGAAGCCAUUUAAUUAUAUUAAUUAUAUCGUU